GUGAGUCUGAAGAGGCGGGCAGACUGGGCCAGGCUGACCCCUCCCCAGUGGGGGGCGGGGUCCCUGGAGGAGGACUAGAGUGAGGCACUGGAGAGGAGACAUUGGAGGGAAAGAGGAGAUAUGGCAGGAACCAGUCUAGGGGCCCGCUUUUAUCGGCAGAUCAAAAAACAUCCUGGGCUCAUUCCAAUGAUCGGCUUCAUCGGCCUUGGCAUGGGCAGUGCUGCUCUCUACUUGCUGCGGCUUGCCCUGCGCAGCCCUGACGUCUGCUGGGACCACAAGAACAACCCAGAGCCCUGGAAUCACCUGAGACCCAAUGACCAAUACAAGUUCCUUGCAAUUACCACUGAUUAUAAGAAGCUGAAGAAGGAUCGGCCAGACUUCUAAACCAGGCUGGGCUGCUAGUUGCAUGUAAACCCAUCACUCACUUCUUCCCAUCCACUCCCAGACCGCAGGGUGUCUGCCUAGUCACCUUGUCCAGCUCUUUGCUUACACAGGCCGGGUUCCCACGAAGAGGGGAGGCAGCUCCACCCCUACAAUCCUCCCUUGAUCCCAGCAGCGGAAGCAACUCUGACCCUUGGCUUCAGUCCCACGUGGGGGAGGAGAAUCAGGACAGCAGCAGCUGCUGGGUCCUUGGCCCAAACGGCCCAACCAGCCCCUCUACUCAAUCCCUUCACUUGCAGGGUGUGGCACAGCAUACGUGUUGAGCGUGGUCUACGUGAGCCAACAGCAAGCAGGGCCUCUGGGUGCCAAGUGAGGACGUGGCGAGUCCCACGUCUGCCUGAGCUUGGAAAGUGCUAGGCCUGGGGCAGUGUUGUUCAGGCUCAACUAGAUCGUCUCUGGCUGCCUAGCCUGCCCAGGAUGGGCACCCAUGCCAAGCAGCAGCUCCUCCUCUGCCCAAGCCUGCUGUCUCCCCUACCCACAGCAUAGAGCACCUGGGCCUCCCCCUGCCGCUCCCCCCUCCCCUCCCCUGCUCCCUUUGGUCCCCUGGGAUCAAACAGAAGCAGCCGUGGGCAAAAUACAAUUUCAUUUAACAAAUUGAAUUUGCUGCGCCUGCUAAUCACGUCUGGUGUCGGCUCUGAUCAGAGACAGAGAGAGGAGGCUGCAGCCCCGGGGGUCCUUGUGGUGGUGGUGGGAGGAGAAGGAGGAAUAAAUGUUGAGGGAGUCAAAUCGCAGAAUCACUGGCUGGCCCAGGGGACCCCUCCCACAUAAUAGAAACUCAGGGCAGGUUAUCAUUUUAUUAGAUAAAAACAGGAAGGAGGGUGCCUGCCCACCCCUUUCUCUGGCUCAGCAGGAUAAACCCCCUCCCCAAGAAAGAGCCAAAGUAACACUGAGAUAAUGGCAGAGAAGGCAGAAAGCUGGGGGAGGAGGGUCCUUCUAAAUCUGAUUACAAAAAAAAGAAAGCUCUAAUUUCUGGGAAGAGAGACUGUACUUCGCUCUUGCCCUAAAUGGUCUGGCUAGGUGGACUUUCCUCCUCCAUCAAAAAAUAGGUAAGUGGUGUUCUCUUCCAGCAGACCAGGGGGGUGAAGCAGAGGCCACAGGCCUCAACCCCAGGUGCCUUCAGCGUUCAUGAAAACCAGGCAUAGGGAAGGCCCUGGCAAACUGCUCCACCCGCUGCCUGAGGUUGGUCAGACUCUGGAUUGUUUCUGGAUCCUUGAGCAGGAAGGACUUGAAAUCCUGGAG